AGUCAGAACUACAGUUCGGAGCUGCCACCUCGGAGAUCUGACUUACUCGUGCGCCCCGCCCAUCACUGCUUAAUCUGCAAAAAUGUCUGACAAGCCAGAUAUGGCUGAGAUUCAGAAAUUCGAUAAGUCUAAAUUGAAGAAGACAGAAACACAAGAGAAAAACCCACUGCCUUCAAAAGAAACAAUUGAACAGGAGAAGCAAGCGGGUGAAUCGUAAUGAAAUCUGCCCGGCCAAUAUGCACUGUACAUUCCACAAGCAUUGCCUUCUUAAUUUUACUUUUAGCUGUUUAACUUUGUAAGAUGCAAAGAGGUUGGAUAAAGUUUAAAUGACUGUGCUGCCCCUUUCAACAUCAAAAGAAUAAAGAACUACUGACAUUGAAUUGAA